GAGACGCAGUCACCCACAGCCUCGGGACACAGGAGAAGUUAUCAUGGCCAGAGUCCCUGACAUGUUUGAGGAGCUCAAUCCCUGCAACAGUGAAAAUGAGGGAUUUAUUUUGGAUACUGACCAAGUCUCACUGAGUCAGGAGUCCUUCUACCCUAGUGCCAGCCCAUACCACAAAGAGAACUGGACAAAAGUAGAGAUUUCUGAGCAGACGCACCAUCUUAACUUACAAGAGUAUGCGGGAGAAACAGUUGUCCAAAGGGAAAUAGAAAAGAAGAGACAACUUUCCAGGAGCCAUCCCAUCACCAAUGAUUACCUGGUUAACGUUGGCAGCAUUCCAGAAGAAAAUAAAGAUGUAAUCAAAUACAGGUUGGACUCCACCAUUCAAAACAAUGUGGUGUAUGAGUUCCACUCCUUUAUAACUGACCAAAAAGUGAUGGACCAGAAAUAUCGGAAUUUAAUACCACGCGAAAAUACCCUGAGAGCUAUCGCUAUACAAAAUGCGACACGUGAAGUGACGUUUGACAUAGGCAGGUACAUAACUCUAUCACCUGCACCAAAUAAUGGGAUUGCUGUGACUUUAAAGCUCUCAAACACAAACCUGUAUGUGACUGCAAAGAAGGAAAAUGAACCUAUACAGCUACAGGAGAUUCCAACGACACCGACCAAGCUGGACGGUUCUCAGAGUCCCGUCCUCUUCUACUGGACGGAGCAUUACACUUACAGCACCUUCGCCUCUGUCGUCAAUCCAGAACUGUUUCUGGCUACCCAAAACGACGAUUUUGAGCCGGUGAUCAUGGCAACAGGGAUGCCUGCUUUACUUCACUUCAUAGUGAGUGAGGAGUGAAAGCACAGACUUUCCAACAAGGAAAGACCUCUGCAGCACUCUUGUCAUUAGAUCGUGUCUUUAAGAGCUGAGAGGGAACCUCAAAGGGCUUCUUGUCUGACUGCUCCAUUUUGUAUGUGGGGAAACUGCUUACCCAAGGUUAGUCAGAAAGUAAGUGUCAAGAGGCAAAAUUUAAACCCACACCCUAACUACAGGGCCACCAUACUUUCCACUGAAUCACACUACUGUAGUCUAGCUGUAUGAUCAUGGUACGUACUAUGUACACGAUGAAAACAAAUCCUUUACUCUCAGUCAUGUGCCAUGCAGAGGGCUUUAGGAUGAACCCUUGUCAUUCUGAAUGAAUUUUUGUGAACAAGUUAUGAGAGUCCAGUGGACCCAACACUAACUCACGAUUAUUAUUUACUAUUUUGAGAACACCCUACAUUUUACAAAGGGCUAGUCAUUUUAAUUAAUAUUCUUCAUUACAGUUUCAUGAGGCACACUACUGACCAUAUACCUAUCUGAAAGCAAUAUCAUUAGAGAUGUUGGUACUAUUCUAAUUAUAUUAUGGAGCAGUUAAGUGAGUAAUGACAGAAAUAUAUAUUUUUAUAUAUAAUGAAAUCAGAAUCAGAACCCACAACCCCAGAAUCUUUUUGCCUGUUGCUCGGAAAACUUCUUGCUUCUCUUCUCAUCUUUGUUUGCUAAGAGGGUUUCAGAUAAGUAAUACACCUCAGUUUGCCAUCUUUAAGAGAGAGAACAAUUCCUAUCACCUUCCUACCUCAAUGGCAACUAGUAACAAUAUUGUCAUUUUGAUAAAACAUUUUGACAGAAUCUGUACCAUGGAAUCAUGAAAUUCAGAGUCGAGAAGAUGCCCUCAACAGCCAACUAGUCCAAUUUGUACAUGGAAAAAAAAAAACAACAAA